CGUCCAUCCGCCUUCGACGAUGGAUUCGUUGAAAGCCUUCUGCCUUCUCCUGAUGGCGUCUGUCCUCCUCCGGCACUCUCUCGGCUCCGUACCGGAGGAUGCCGUCGAUGAGAGCGAUUUCGAUGAGGACGAGAAGGACGAGAAAAAGGACUCAAACGUGAAAAAGACCUGUUCGUGUGCCACUACGUCGGGUGCCUCCAAAAGAGAUCUCUCGAAGAACGACGUCUCGUGGAAACAAGCCGGCAUCUCGCAGGAGGAGUACGUGAUGCUGAAGCGAGAGAGGCGACGAACGACGAAGGAUGCCCUGGAGAUGCUGGCAUCUCCGGAAUGGACCCAGUUGCAGAAGAACUCCAAGGGCGACACCGUCUCCUUCCUCGAACGGGGAAUCGCACGCGCAUCCUUCCUCCUCCAGGGGAAGGUGGAGGCGAGGCCAAAAACCUUGUACGACGACAUGAGGGAGGAUGCCGAAGACGUUCCGUCGUGGAACCCCACCGUUCAAUGGGUCAACAUCCUAUUCCACGUGAGCAGGAGGUGCUACGUGUUUCAACAAGGAGUGGCGUCGGGAGCGUCGGGGUUUUUCACUGCCAGAAACUUCGUGAAUCUCAGCUCCGGAAGGAACAUCAACGGCACCUAUUAUCUCUUCUACAAAUCCGUAAACGUCUCGCGAGCCAAAUCGGUAGAGAACUCGGUCAGAGGAGAGAACGGGCCGAGCGCUUUUGUGAUGUCCCCGACUCCUGGGAAUCCCUACGAAACGGACUUCAAGUGGCUCUUGAACACGGAUUUCAAGUUUUCCUGGUGGAUUCAGGCCAUGUCGUCCAAGAUCUUCCCCAAAGUCAUGCUCGAUUAUUUGAGCCAUCUUCGUUCCCAUGUCAAACGGCUGAAACGGGUUCCCGUUGCGUUGCAAUAA